AUGAAGGCUAACUGGAACAGAUCUCAGCUGGAUGGCACCGAAUCACUACUUGCCACCCUUCGAAACAUAUUGUCGCUUUAUUCGCUACUUACCGCCACCCUCGUCAGAUUCGACCAUGUGACGCUUCAACAAGCACUCGCUAGUGACGCAGAGACAGAAGACGAACUUGCCCUCUUCUCCAUCGAAUGCUUACAUAUAUGGUACGAUCUACUUUAUAUCGAAGAGCGACAAACUACGGCUACUGCCUCGACAGAUGAUGCGUCGCCUUGGACACGCAGCGAAAUGUCGAGACUUCUUCUAUCUCCUUUGAUCGCGACGCAUGGCAACAGUACGCAGUGGAUCAGCUCUUUUGCUUGUGACCUAUCUCUGUUUACCAGCACACCAAAGUUUCGACUCCGCGAUUUCACUCUUGUCGCUUGUAUUUUCAGUGAUUGUGUCGCGGCUGAUUACCGAAGGGGUGAAGCAAUCUCAGAGGGCCUUGCUUCAUCAUACGCCGUAGGUGUUGUGCAACAGACUCGAGAAACCUGGCUGGCGAUUUCCGAUGCUUUUUUUGCAAUCAUCGAGAAGAAUAUAUCUGUUCUCAGCAGCGAAACGGCAAAUCGUUUUUUUUGUGCCUUGGCCAAUAUAUUCUCCUUCAUUUGCCAAUCAGACAGACAGGCUGAAAGGGACGAACCCGAUGGUAUUGACCACUUGCUCCAAACAUAUCGACUGAAACACCCAGAAGUAACAUCUGAGAUGUUGCAAAAAAUUGCACCCUGGGAAUGGAGGCUUGGGAUAUUGGCCAAGCUCGUUCAAUCAGGGCUCAUGCAUCUCCGAGUCAUGGCCGUUAACAUGCUGUGCAGCUGUUUGGCCGAAGUUUGGACACAGGAAGAAGCUGCUGCCGACGGUCGUCAGUUUCUACGUCAUUUGGGUCACGUUGUCGACAAUGAAUUGAUUGGCUACAUCGUUGGCCCGUCAUGUCACCCCGAAAUCAUUGUGGCCAGCACCAAUAUUAUCGUAUUUCUGGUUCUAUCAGAUGCGAACACUGAACCUCUACUUGAUCGACUUUGGCGCUCCAUUGAAUCUAGCCAAGACCCACGAGUGGCAGACGCCAUCACACGCGUCACCAACAAUGUUCUUUCUGUGUUGCGCUACAGCGAUUUGGUGCAUCUAUGCGAAAAGUUUGAUGACGUUAAGCUCAAGGAUUUCACACCAUUGCUUCGGAAUCUUUGGGAAGCUUUAAUUGGGGAAAUGGUGUCUAAAGCGCAACUAACUAGUCAACCCCUCCCGGCGGACCCCUUCCUUUCCAUUUUGCGCCUCUUGAGAGAGAUACCAACCUGCGACAAUGGUGCACAUUACGCAUAUCCCGAUCUACACAUGGCGGCAAUGCAACGAGCCCGAGAUCUACUCAACUAUGGCCUGGAAAUUGAAGUUCGAAAACAGCUAUACCAAAAUUGCGUCAGCCACCUGGCAUCUGAUUCGGCAACAACGCUCGGGAGUCUUUGGUUCCUGUCUGUAUGUAUUCGACCGGCCAUAUCUAGUGAGCUUCAGUACCUCACCGAGAAGCACGACAUAGUUCGAGUCGUGGUGGAGGAAUUGGAAUAUGCUAUCAUUGCCGCAUCAGGUCCAUCUCUACUCGUAUUGGCCGGUCACGCGAACCAAGCUCGUCGAGACUUGAUCUCUCAAAUUAUCCAUUUCCAGCCCAAAUCCAUCACCGAAGAGCUGGGCACCAGACUUUGGGAGGUGUUAGUUGGUUCCAAGGCUCUUAAUGCUGCCGACAGGAUUGCGGCCUGGCAAACGAUAUCUACGGUCGGAAACAACAGCGGCUUCCAAAACCCGUUCCUACAAGUUUGCUUUUCCAGGCAUCUUCCCCAUUUAGCUGCCAGCUGGUAUUGUGACGGAAUGCUCAAUUUUGUCAAAGAGAACGUGAUGAUGCGAGUCAACCAAAGCGAAGAGUUCAGUCUCGAUCACGAGGAGCUUGUCGCCAAGAGUGGCAUCGAGCACCUUUGGCGAAUCAUCCUGGCCGCUCAUGAGGAGAACAUUGCUAAGUCUGCAAUGGUCUUACUCGCUUCCGGGGUUUAUUUGGAGAGCAAAGCAAUUGCGACCUGCACAGUGAGCAGAGCUCAGAGCAUUCACCUCAAUUUCGUCCGUCAAUGUCUUGACCUCAUGCGCGAAGCUAGACGUGCUGUGCAAGCUGCUCCAAUCAACGAUGACGCAGAUGACGAUUCGGCUGUUUUGGUUGAACCUGAGCGCGAGAUAGUGAAGAAGAAGCGUGGAUUUUUGCGCACACUAAGACUUCUCCAUUAUUUCUUGGACGAAUAUCGCACCAAUCCUCGGUAUGCCGCUGCCGAUCUUCGGUCGUUGGUACCGGAGUGCGCCACAGAGAUAAAAGGCGAACCGACCACACUUCAGUAUCAGGCGUUCGGUGACGAAAACAAUAGCGAAAUCAAGCCACUGCGGAUAGGCCGAGAAAACUCUCUCGCAUCGCUGCUGGCUACUCUCAGAGAUGAGACGGGCUUCGAGAGCUACAAAGCUUACUAUAGAGGUCGGCCGUUGAUUCCAACCGAGACCCAAGCAGGCAAAUCUCUGCAAGAGUUGGGCAUGUGCGAUGCGUUAAUUCUUAUCAAUAAAGACGUUGCUGCAUCUGAGAUGCCCAGUCACGUCAAACCUGGAUCGUCACCCAUCGAGAUCGAAAUCUUGUCUCACUUUUCGGAGUUCUGGCAAUAUUUGAUCAUGGAUGAAAAUAUCGCUGUUGAGACGUACAACUUUCUUUUACGACUCCCGGCCGAUGGCCAUUUGAUGCAGCGCUUAUUGGCCGAGGAUAUCAAGUAUGAGGACCACUUUGUCCCUGAUCAACCUUGUAGGUUGUUAUACUCCAUUUUCGUCCUGAUGGAGUGCGUGAAAGAGACACAACAGCAACGAAGGUCAUUGGGUCACAACUCAACAAUUCCGAUCGAAAGCGAAUCCUACGCUGCCAUGGUAUACAAGGCUUUACGGCUGCUUGCGCAGGGCUUGGAUGACGAGACUAUUACCCAAGCUGCAUCUGCUCGCGUGAACGUGCCGGUCACAUCAGCCUUAAUAUUUCAGUUUCAGCGCCUUCUCGAUGUUUCAUUACGGCACACUCCUUCUGCACAGGACAUCCCAGGGCCUUCCUCAUGCCGAAUACUGUCAAUACUAGACAACGCUACGGGCUCGGAAGAUGAUGAACUCGUUCAUCUCAGUGCUAAGUGCCUAUCUUUGAUCCUCAGAUUGGGAUUAGUCAAUGAGGCAUUCUGGCUGGCAUUGUCCGAUAGCCCGUUGCUGGCAGAGCUGAUGCGUCGGACAUGCGUCUUGUCCAAUCAAAAACAAUUCCGGCAUUUCUGCGUCAGCUUAAUCGAGGACAGCAUUAAAAAGGAGUUCGAGAUGGCUGAUAGAAAUGGCUGCAUCGCAAAGUACUUUUGGUCUUGGGCGCUGGAGACGUUGACUACCAUCCCGAAACUGGGAGAAAACUGCCAUGAGUUGAUGAAGCUUAUGUGCAGUCUCGUCGUUAAAAUGCGUCAAAAAUACCCUGAAUGUCUCGACCUUGGAUCACUGGUCCGGCAAUUGACCGAGUACUUGAUAGCACAUAGAUGCACCGAGGAUAUUUACCAAGUUACACCGUGCGAUGUGGUAGCCGAGGGGCUAGUCACUCUCCUCCUUCGCUGUCUCCAGGUAGAUGAGUCUCUAGCUCAAUCUGUUCCAAGGGCUGCACUCACCACUCUUAUGAAGGAGCAUCUCUUCCCGCCAGAGCAAAAUGUGAUAGACAAGUCUCUGCCAAGAAUCAUUCUAAAUUCUGAAACCAGAGGCAAGCUCUACGAAUGUAUAUACCUGUAUCUACGCGCUCACAACGACAUGUUGCUUGAGACAGUGCAGUUUCUGGACGAGAUGGUUCCCUUCUAUCCUGGUAGUGCUGAACCAUACAUAUAUGACCUCCCCUUUCAAUUUGAGCAAGAGAAAGCGCUGCGGUCACCUGCCGGAUAUGUCGGCCUGCAGAACCUAUCCAACACCUGCUACCUCAACUCACUCAUCACACAAUUGUACAUGAAUCCUGGCUUUCGGAAUUACCUGUUAUCAUUUGAUGUGGAUGAAGCCGACGACUCCAAAGCACUCUUGCAUGAAACUCAGCGGCUUUUCGUGUAUCUACAAGAGAGCAUUGAUCGGGCGGUGGAGCCGGCUACAUUCGUUGGCGCAAUCAAGACGUAUGACCAGGGGCCAAUUGACAUCCACAGCCAGAUGGAUGUGGACGAAUUCUAUAACCUUUUGUUUGACAGGUGGGAAGCCCAGCUUCCGAAUGCCGCGGCCAGAAGGAAGUUCCGGUCAAUAUAUGGCGGUCAGCUCGUACAACAAAUCAAGUCAAAAGAGUGUGGACACAUUUCGGAGAGAUUGGAGCCUUUCUCUGCUAUCCAGUGCGACAUCAAGGGUAAAUCGACACUCGAAGAUAGCCUACAGGCCUAUGUGGGCGGAGAGACCAUGGACGGCGAUAACAAAUACAAGUGCUCCUCAUGUGACCGGCAUGUUGAUGCUGUGAAAAGGGCUUGUUUAAAAGACGUACCUGACAACGUGAUCUUUCAUCUAAAGCGGUUCGAAUUCAACCUUCAGACACUGCAGCGGAGCAAGAUCGAUGAUUAUUUCGCGUUCCCUGACAAGCUAGAUUUGCAGCCGUACACAAUUGAACACCUCAGCGGAUCGACACCCGAAGGCAAACAAGACAUGUUUGAGCUGGUUGGUGUACUUGUACAUGCAGGCACGGCAGAAUCUGGCCACUACUAUUCCUACGUACGUGAGCGCGCACCAAACCAAGACACGACGACCAAGUGGGUAGAGUUCAACGACGACCAAGUGGGGUUAUGGAAUCCUUCGUCGAUGGAAGCAUCGACAUUUGGUGGUCCAGAGCGGCGCUCAGUAUACGAAGAAAAUAGCAUAUCCUUUGACAAGAGCUACAGUGCUUAUAUGCUGUUCUAUCAACGGAUCUCCUACCCAACCGAAGCCGCCGAGGCUCAGCCGGUAUCGGAAGUGAGCCAAUACUCGUAUACAACGAAGGGCGAGGCCCUGAAAGAGCACAUACGGAGUACCAAUGUCUUGCUCCUGCGCCGCCACUGCCUAUUUGAUCCAAAUCAUGCCAAGUUUGUUCAGGCUUGUGUCUGCGAGGGCCUCAGGGUGGGUCGACAUUCUCAAGCUGGAUUAGAGCUGGAUGGACAGUCGGUGGGAGAGGUCGAAGCCCCCAAAGCCUGCAAACUGGUUGUGGGUACUGCAUUGAGUUAUCUGGAUCAGAUAUUCAGCCGCAGCAAAGAUAGUUCGUCGGCCCUCAUUUUUUGCACCAUGCUGGCUGAGUUGGCAAGGACACGGCAAGAUUGCGCAUGGCAUGUGCUCGAAUAUUUCCAGCAUCGCCCCGCUGUGCUUCGCUCGCUUUUGUUGCGAAACCCGGAACGCAAUGUGCGAUCCGCCAUCGGCCACCUCUUUGUCGUCUGUAUGGAGAAGCUAUCCAAGAGCUGUCCAGAUUCGUACUAUACUCGGACGAGCGCAGUAUGGCUGGGUAGCGGUGAUGAAGACGAAGACAUGGAUGGUGAUGACGCAGAAAACGAGGGCAUGCUGUCGCGUGCGGUAAAGCUACUCAACCAGCUCUGGAAGUAUUUUCAGCAUCACAUCAGAGCGUGGGAAGAGUACUUUACAACAAUUCUUCACGUGGCGCAGCUUGGAAGAGAAGAGUGCACUGCGAUCCUGGCGUCAGGCUACUUGGAGAAGUGCUUAAGAAUCAUCACUGCGGAUCGCUCCAUGCAACUAGAGCCGAAUUUUGUGAAGAUGCUGCAGAACGUUUACAGGAGGUUCAGCGGACAGGCACCGUCUUAUGUUGCGGUCUUGGCUGUCAUUGAGUUUCUGAUGGAUCGGCUGGAACCAGAACUCAGCCACGAGACGAUUGUGGAGGCAGCUGAUGAACGACUAGCUCACAGCGGUGAGUAUCUUCCGUGGACAGCAGCAGAGGUCAGGUUGUUAGUGACGCACCCUGAGGAAGAGGACUCUAGCCUGUUCAUGGCGCGCUUAUUGGAGAUAGACCAGGCACCGGAAGUCACCAGACGGAUCCUGAAGCGAAUCCUGCGUGCGGGUGAGAUUCCGACGGCAAAGCUGUUGGGCAUGCUCGAACAGACGAUCCGAGGCGAUGCAACUACGGAGCCUCUUGAUUCGUACAUCCGAGCCGCAGCAAUCUUCGUCGACAGCUGCCGUCACCUGAGCGAUGCUCAGCGACUGAUUCAACACAUCUGCGAGCAGGCAGCCAGCUUCGAAAGAGGGGAAGGCGAGGCAUUUCUUGGGCUCAUGUGGCGGGCGAUUGAUAGCACGCGGCUGAGCGAGGAAGAGCGUGGGCGGCUGCGGCUGUCAACGCUGCAUACAAUACCCAGCUGGGCGCCGUAUUUGCUACAGUAUGCAGACAGCCAAGUACGCAAUGGAACGGAGCGUUUGGUGGAUAUGGCGCUGCGUCUUCCGUUUGAGUCGGGGUCGACGAGCGUCGAGGCUGCAGCAUUGUCAUCAGAGCUCGCACUGGCAAUAGGAACUAAGUGUCUCGAUUUCUUGCAGCAUGCGCACGUCAAGCGGAGAGCGUCUAUCGAACGAGACCUUGCCGGGGUGCUAAUUCGCGUGCUGUCUAACUGCAACGUGGUGGUGUCAGAAAGCGAGACAUUGGACGAGGAUGUUAAGGAAGAAUUCAGCGAGCAGCAGCAAGAAAUCCUGGAAAGUAUGACUGCACUGGUUGUGGACCGGGCAGAAGACGAGGGAUCUGAUUGGGAGGGAUCGGCACUGUCAUCGGAGCCGAUGGAUGAGGACGCCGACACGGAAGAGGCGCUGAUUAUGCUAGGGAAUAAUGGGUACGCAUGA